AUGCCCCAGCUAAACCCACACCCCUGAUUCCUCAUUCUUAUCUUUUCAUGAUUUAUUAUACUAGCUAUUAUCCCACCUAAAAUCUUAUCCCAUAAAUUCCCUAACAACCCCGACUCACAAGUUGUUAAAACACCUAAAACCCUACCCUGAAACUGAAAAUGGCACUAA